AUGCUUCGUUCUAUUGCCUGGCAAGCUAUUUCACGUUCUUUGAACUUAAUUAAAGGAUCACAGCAAUACCCUUUACCUUGUGUUCAAUCAUCGAUGAUAUUUUGGAGACGCAACAUAUCCUCCAGCAUCGUGUCCUUCUCUGAACCCUCAAGUUCUGGCAGCUCAAAUGAUGGAAAAAUCAAAGUAAACUACAUCUCCAAAAAAGGAGACAAAAUAACACUGUACGGCAAAGAAGGCGACAAUGUGAUGUAUUUGGCCCAGCAAAACAACGUUGACAUUGAAGGUGCUUGUGAGGCAUCACUUGCUUGCUGCACUUGUCAUGUCUAUGUAAGAGACGACUACUACAACAAGUUACCACCAGCAAGCGAAGAGGAAGAGGACAUGCUGGACAUGGCCCCAUUUUUAAAGUCAAACUCUAGAUUAAGUUGUCAGAUAAUUCUUUCGAAAGAUAUCGACGACAUCGAAGUAACAUUACCUCCGGCAACGCGGAACUUCUACGUCGAUGAUCACAAGCCCAGUCAUCAUUAG